AUUGAUCUUACUAACAUUUUUAGGCAAUACAGAAGGUGCAGGUCUCACUUUGUACCUACUCAGUGGCCUAGUGGUUGUGAGUUCAAACCCGUGCCGAAUUAUACCAAAGACUAUAAACAAAUGGGACCCAUUGCGUCCCUGCUUGGCACUCAGCAUCUAGGGUUGGAAUUGGGGGUUAAAUCACCAUAAAUUAUUUCCAGGCGCGGCACCGCUGCUGCUCACAGCUCCCCUCCCCUCCCAGGGGGUGAACAAGGGGAUGGGUCAAAUGCAGAAGACACAUUUCACCACACCUAGUGUGUGUGUGACAAUCAUUGGUACUUUUAACUUUUAACUUUCUGCUUUGUGCACGAUAGCCAUUGACUAUUGAAUCGACAAAUGAGUUUAAUAUUGGUUUUAUAAUGUAUCGUUUACUUAGAAUAAGUCAUAAAGCAAAGUACACUGAACACUAUUACUAAACUGCCACAAUCAGGGAAAGAAAAUGACUAAGUUACAUUUGAACCUUUUCCACGAGUCCUCCCAGCCUGGUGGGGGCGCCCAUGUUGAGGAAGCAGCCUCCACGGAGAAGAAGAACAAAGAGCGGAAGCGAAACACUUUCGUGUGUCGCCUUUUUACGUGAACUAAAGUUGCUGUUCUACCAUAUAGUUCGUUUCCAAUUUUUUGGACUGCAUUUGAAAACACUACAUGGACACCAGGCUGACAUUUGUAGCAAAGCGAUUUUGACCCAGAUGACAUCCACACCAAAGGUCCAGUUAGUGCCGCUGCCAUGGGCGGAGGUCCUUCUCUACUGGCUGCUGUCCUUUGGCUCUCAUCUUUACUCUUUUUAUGAACUUUACAGAUUCUCAAGAGAGCACGAAGCUGGGUUAAACAGAGAAUUGCAUCUGGAAAAAGGACUUAUAGGAGGUUUUAAAAGGGAUGCAGCAGACUUUGAGUGGACUUUCUGGACCGAAUGGGCUAAGAAGUCCUUGCUGUGGACUCUGAUAGGUCAUGGUGUCGUAUCCAGAUUGUGUAGCAUCUUUUACCCACAGUUUCGAGCAGCGGUGCUCACAGUUUAUGGAUUCUUAGCAGCCGGCAGCGUGUUGGGUCUUAAAGGUGUAGGCGUGCUGCUCCUGCAUCUAACGUUGUCAUUUACCGUGGCCCAGCUGAAAAGACCCGCUCUUUCAUGGGCCUGCAACCUGCUGCUCCUCUGCACUCUUCACAUCCGGCCUCUUCAGGAGAUCCAGAGAGGCUGGUACGACAGCGAGGAGGAGUACUACCUGCUACUCUUCAGCGUUGCCGUGGGAAGCCUUCGCCUCAUCAGCUUCAGCCUGGAACACUGCUGCCGCCCCUCGGGCCGCGACGGUGCCCUGCAGCUCUGCUGGUUGUUUUCGUACGCCUUCUACCAUCCGUUUUUCUACAACGGCCCCAUCGUGAUGUACAAGGACUACGUGACGCAGAUGCAGAGGCACGCAGAGGAGAGUGACAGGCUCAAGUUAGGCUUCCGCUACUUGUUACUCAGGUCAGGACGCAUCCUGAUAUGGUGGUGCAUUGCAGAAUACAUGAUCCAUGUCAUGUACAUGCACUCCAUCCAGUCCAAUGAGACAUUCCUGGAGAUUCUUCCCCCUUGGGCCUUGGGUGGUCUGGCACUGGCCUUGGUGCAGUUCUUCUUCGUCAAGUAUUUGGUUUUGUUCGGCCUCCCGUCCAUGUUGGCAACCUUGGAUCAGCUGGUUCCGCCGAACCUACCUCGCUGCGUCAGCAUCAUGUACAGCUUCACCGGCAUGUGGCGGCAUUUUGACAAGGGUCUGUAUCGAUGGCUCCUCAGAUACAUCUACGUGCCUCUGGGAGGUUCGCAUCACGGCGUUCAUUACAAGAUGUUGUCCACAGCGCUGGCGUUUGGCUUUGUCUGCCUUUGGCAUGGCGGCCAUGACUACCUACAGUACUGGGCCCUAAUGAAUUGGCUGGGGGUUCUGAUGGAAACAGGCCUGAAGGCUCUCUUUGGCUCAGCGCUUGUCUACUCCUUUUUUGAGCGGCAUUUCUCUGCGGCAACAAGGAGGCGCUGCGCCGCGUUCCUCUUGGCCUUCUCCACCGCCAUGCUCAUCCUCUCGAAUCUGGUCUUCCUGGGGGGAAUCCAUGUCGGCAGAAUCUUCUGGAAGCGUGUCUUCCUUCAAGGCUGGUCCACUGUGGCGCCGCCAAUGUUGGCCUUCCUCUACUGCUUCGCCCAGGUCGGGCUGGAGUGGACUUCUCACCCGUCGUGAGUCACCUUGACUUUUGCAAACCGGGAACCCGCAAACUCCUGAAUAAAGCACCGGCGCGGCCAAAACCACACUCGGAACCUGGCCGGCGGCCACUGAAGCUGCCCACAAAGCUGGCAGUGGACUCAGAGGGUCAGUUCUGUUUUUCACUUUCUUUCUUUUUUUCAAAUCUACACGCUGUAGACCAGGGGUUCUUCAUCUUUAGGACCUCGGGGUCCAACUUUUCCACUCAAAUAUUAACACACAAUAUAAUAAAAUAAAAAUAAAUUCAUUAAUUAAAUAUAAUAAAUAAUUAAAAAAUAAAAAAUAAAAAAAAUAAAGUGCACUUUUGUGCAUGAUGUCAGACAAGAUAUUUCAAUAACUGUCAAAUAAAAAUGAGCUGCAUAAUAGGCAAAAAAACCACAAUAUUAGUCAUUUUACUCUUGAUUUCAAUCAUAUUCAAUAACUAAAACUUAACUAUUUACAGUUUAAAACAGGGAUGUCAAACAUACAAGUAUUAAUGAAAGAAACUCCUGUUCUAAAUGUGUCCACUGGAUGUCACAAUAGCAAUUCUGUUAGGCAAGCAAACGGUUUAUACCAAGGCCAAGCAGGAGGUAGACAGUAAAGGGUGACUGUGGCUCCUCCUCCUUGAACCACAUCAAACCUAAAACCUGACAUUUUAUGUCUUCUGGUUCGAACACAUCAUCAUUUGGUACUCUUAGUCCCUCAAAAUGUCUCUGUCAAACACGAGAAAAGUGAACUUAACCCUUUUGAAAAGUUUUUAUCGACGUUUCUUAAAGGCCUACUGAAACCCACUACCACCGACCACGCAGUCUGAUAGUUUAUAUAGCAAUGAUGAAAUCUUAACAUUGCAACACAUGCCAAUAAGGCUGGGUUAGUUUACUAAAUUGCAAUUUUAAAUUUCCUGCGAAGUAUCCUGUGGAAAACGGCGCGGUAUGAUGACGCGUAUGACGCGUGCGCAUGACGUUACGGAUUGUAGCAGACAUUUUGAUCCAGCACCGAUCCCAGCUAUUAGUCGUCUGCUUUAAUCGCAUAAUUACACAGUAUUCCGGACAUUUAUGUUGCUGAAUAUUUUGCAAUUUGUUCAAUUAAUAAUGGAGACAUCAAAGAAGAAAGCUGUAGUUGGGAAGCGGUGUAUUGCGGUCGCCUUUAGCCAGAGAAACACAGCCGGUGUUUCCUUGUUUAUAUUCCCGAAAGCUGAUGGUGAAGCUUUACUAUGGAACAGAGCGGUCAAGUGAACAUGGUUCCCUACCACAUGUCAACCGGCAGGUUUUGGUGAGAAAAUGGUGGUAUUAAGUCGGCUCUUACCGUAGUUAUGAGCGGAGAGCUUGCGUCGUGCCUUGCUUCCUGCAGCUGCGGACUCUCUUGCCUCCUCCCAACAGCCGCCCCGACCGUCGGAUGCUUGCACCGUGGAGGAGGGGGGAAAUAGAUAAAAUCUCAGCCCGGCUGCCUUGCCUCGUCGAGAAACGUGGCUUCCAUCGAAGACACUGGCGGUCACCACACCCGUGGCCACACCUCUCCGACUUUCAGGUACGUUCAUAUAAUCUCACUAAAACACUAGUAACACAAUAACCAGAUAAGGGAUUUUCCAGAAUUAUCUUAGUAAAUGUGUGUAAUAAUAUCUGAAUCGCUCCCACUGCCCUAGUCUUUUUUUUUUCUAGUCCUUCACUUUCACUAUCCUCAUCCUCGAAUCUUUCAUCGUCGCUCAAAUUAAUGGGGAAAUCGUCGCUUUCAGGUCCGAAUCGCUAUCGCUGCUGGUGGCCAUGAUUGUAAACAAUGUGAGGAUGUGAGGAGCUCCACAACCCGUGACGUCACGCGCACAUCGUCUGCUACUUCCGGUACAGGAAAGGCUUUUUUAUUAGCGACGAAAAGUUGCGAACUUUAUCGUCGAUGUUCUCUACUAAAUCCUUUCAGCAAAAAUAUGGCAAUAUCGCGAAAUGAUCAAGUAUGACACAUAGAAUGGACCUACUAUGCCUGUUUAAAUAAGAACAUCUCAUUUCAGUAGGCCUUUAAGGUUUGUUGAGUUAGCACUGGAUUGAUACGUGGACAUGAUAAGGAGGUAUUUGAUACCUCCGAGAGUGUACAUGUUUUUUGUUCAAUCCCAGAAAGACUGUGACUUAAAAGUUUAAUCCUGGCUUUGUAGAUACACUGAGACAAAGUCUAAGCUCACUGUGUUUUUGUAGCUGCACCAAUUUCCUCAGAAUUUUCAACAAACUUGAAGUGUUUCGUCCAGAGUAUUAUUUAGGAUUUGUAUGUUUUCAGAAUGUGCUUGUUCUAUAUUUGGCCAAAGUAAAACAAAGAAAUCGACCUGGAGUUGUCUUUAUUUUUAGAUUAUCAUGCCAUGAUUUUACCCCUGAGUUAAAAUGAGUUUGACGCGCCUGGUUUAAAACCUUGUCAAAUAAUAUGAAAGCAUGUACUUAUCACAAAGGUAAUGCAUUUUUUUAUCACAUAAUUCUUAGGCUUAGGUCAGGCUGAUUAGAAAAAAAACUAACCAAAUAUGCUGCAUAAGAAGGAGCUCAUAAAUAACGGCGAAAAAUACAUUUACUGUAUGUGAGCUGAAAUAAAUAAAAUACAUUUUUAAUUAACAAGUUACUUAAUUAAACUGUCAAUAAUAUUAAAGUGCAAUUGAAAAUACUGCUUCACCACUUUAGUCAUUGUUUGUGCCUAAGAAACUUCUCGAUGACUUCAGCUCAGAGUUGACAAACGUACGGCCCGUGGGCCGAAUAAGGCCCGCAAACAGAUUUUAUCUGGCCGCAGGAUGAGUUUGCCAAGUAUUAAAAUGAGCUGCAUUUUUUUUUUUUUAAGUGAAAGAAACUGCUGUUCUAAAUGUGUCCACUGGAUGUCACAAUAGCAAUUCUGUUAGGACUAACAAGAGGUGCAAAGUAAGGCAUGGCUGCGGCUCCUCUCCCUCGACCCAAAAUGAAACUUAAAACCUGUUGUUUUGUCUUCUGCUUCGAACACAUCGUUAUUUGGCAGCCUUACUCCCCCAUAAUGUCUUAGACCAAAAACGAGAGAACUUAACCCAUUUGAAUAGUUUUUACCUCCGUUUCUUAGUUUCUUGAGUUAGCACUGGAUUGAUACGUGGACAUGACAAAGGAGAUAUUUGAUACCUAAGAGGUCACAUGUGUUUUAUGUUCAAUCCCAGAAAGACUGUGAUUAAAGUUUAAUCCUGGCUUUGUAGAUACACUGAAACAAAGUCUAA